GACAGAGAGGGAGAGAGAGAGAGUGGGGAGACAGAGAGCGAGGGAGGGCGGUAGGCUGCCGACUAGAAAAAAACAAAUUUACUAUAAUUUUCAUGGUUGAGGUUCAUAUGCAUGUAGUACUGAGUGUCAUUGGAAUUGCGAAAUGCAUGUGAAAGAGAAUGAUAAAUAGAUAAACAUUCAUUUUUUUUCAGCUUACUCAAAGAGAAAGACAGAAAAGAAAACAUUUUUGUUAAUCCUGACGAGAGAACGAAGUUUACCACGAUAGUACUGAGGAGCGACUGACCUAUCAACGAUCAGAUAAACGAAAAAAAAAAAAAGGAGAAGAAAGAAAAAAAGAUAAAAAGUUGAACAGGCAGAUUUCGAAAACCAAAAGUGAAAAGAAAUAACUCGAUCAUAUGAGAUUAAAUGUAUAAACAAGAAGAGAACGUCGGGAUAGAGUAGUAAAAAUAACGAAAAGACAGAAAAAAAUAUAAAAAGGAAAGAGAAAAAGACAACUGCAGUGAUAUACACCCCUAUAUCAAACCACUGAAUAGACUCGCCCACAUUGUGAGUGUUUCUAAACUUCGAGGAAAAACUUUUUCGGUGCUUUUACUUGCUUACUUAGCUGACUGGAAUGUUUUACUGGUUAAGGAGUGGGAAAUAAUCCUAGAUCACCUCGACUCGAUCGCGAAGACGGUUUACAACAGAUACAUCGAUAAUAUUUAUAACUGCUAAGGUUUCUUUACGACCGGUACCAUGCAGAAGCACUGCUCACCACAGCAGGUUUGCAGAGUUGAAUGUGGCUAGCUAUGAAUUUGUUGUUGUGAAAACUGGAGGCAUGGUUAUUUUUCCUCUUUUCCUUCAAGAUGUUUUCUGAAAAAUUUACCUUUUGAAUUUUGUCUAUCUUCUGAUAUCAUAUUUUAAACUGUCCAAGAAUUGAAAUUCAUACAGCUACACUCCAGUGAAUGAACUAAAUGGCGACCGAUGCAGGAGCAGGUUUUGAUUCCAGGGGGCUUGGACUUCGAGUCCAGAAAAAGCUAUUGGGGAAGAUGUCAAAUAAGAAAAUUGCCAAAAUAUUUGUUGAUGAAACAUUGGCUCAAGUGCUUGACAACAUGUGUCGAAUCCUGAAAGACUAUUCUUCAAAUAAGAAAGAAGUAGAAAAAAUCCUUAAGUACAUUAUCAAGACAAUAGUAAAGAUUGGGAUUCUAUUCCGAAAUGAUCAAUUUAACCAAGCAGAACUGACCAAAAUUGAAGUCUUCAAGCAAAAGUUUAAUAACCUUGCAAUGACUAUCAUCAGCUUUUGUGAAGUGGAUUUCACCUAUGACAGAAUUUUCUUGCAAAAAAACUUAGAGGAAUGCCGUAGCCUUAUCCAGGAGAUUGUUAACAGACAUCUGACAGACAAAUCUAAGACUCGAAUUGACACAGUGUUCAGAUAUUUCUCAGAUACAGAUCUUUUGGAUGAACUAUUCAGCAGUUCUAGCAAAUACAAAGAUCAAUUAAACCUCAUAGUAGCAGAUAUGCACAAAAUGAUUGAUGAGGGAAAUUUAUAGCUGUUAAACUACAGUCUUCUUUUUUAUAUAUAUAUAUAUAUAUAUAUAUAUAUAUUGUUUAUUUUUACAUUUUGCCCCUUAUUUUUUCUUUUGUUCAAAUAAAUUGUAUUUUUAAUUCUAA